AUGUCAGUGCUUCCUCUACAGCUGGACACUACGAACCGGCCAGAUGAAUGGAAGAUUGAGCAGGGCCUCUCCGGCCACAAACUGCCCAUCCUCGACGUCAGCGGCAAGGAGCUGAUCAACAUCUAUCCUCCCAAGAAUCGCCAUCCGGUCAAGGAUCAGCACGCCAUCGACGCUGUCGGGAAUCGCGAUGAGCUGUUUAAGAGGGAGCUGCCAGGCUGGAGGGGAUACGUCGAGUGGGAAAAGUACCCAGAGAAGAAAGAAAAAGCCCAUAAGAUCCUUACAAACCAGACCUUCGACCCCAGCCCGGAUUUUAUGUUCGGGCCCAUCCCAGACUCGAAUCCCGUUCUUCCGGGGGACGACUUCAAAGCAUGGCAUGAAGCCCUGGGAGGCGAGCUGGCAAGUGUACCAGAGGACUCAUGGACGACUGUCCUCCGCGAGAAGCACCCGGAUAUGCUACAUCUGCUCCAGUUUCCGUAUAACGGCGAGCCACCUAAACGCCUGGUCACCUCCAAGGCCAUCACCCCGAACCCGCUGCACUUUGUCCGCAACCAUGGCGGGAUCCCACUGAUUGAGAAGGAUAAGUGGAGUCUUUCGCUGGAUGGUUUGGUACGCCAUCCUCAUAGCUAUACAUUGGAUGAUCUGCAAGAUGAGAGUCGGUUUCCACGGAUUGAAAAGACCGUCACAAUCCAGUGCUCGGGGACCCGGCGUAUCGAGCAGAUCAGCCGGUAUGGAGGGCAGGGCGAUGAGGUGCCACAGGCGCCGUGGGCUGAGGGGGCGAUUGGCACUGCGCAGUACAAGGGGAUCAGUUUGAAGAAGCUUAUCAAGGAUUGCGGGGGUCUGAUUGCGCCCGCGAAACACCUGGAGUUGUACGGUGCUGAGACAUAUGUCAAGGACCUAGAGGUCAUGAACUACCUGGUCAGCGUGCCAUGGUCCAAGGUCAAGGCGAACGAGGUGAUCCUCGCCUGGGAGAUGAACGGGGAGCCCCUGCCCAAGAUCCACGGUUAUCCUCUCCGCGUAGUCGUUCUGGGCUACAUCGGAGCUCGCAGUGUGAAAUGGCUAUAUAGAAUCAAGGCUAUCGAGAACCCAUCCCUAGCUCCAGUGCAGAGCAAAGAGUACCUGUACUUCAACCAACAGGUUGGAAAAUACAACCAGCGUCCGACGGACGGAAUCCAGAUCCAGGAGAUGCCAGUCAGUUCAGCCAUCAUGUCUCCCUGGAACAAGCAGGCCAUUAUCCACAGCGGCAAGAUCAGAUGCAAGGGCUGGGCCUACUCUUGCGGUGGUCGAUGGCCAGAACGUGUCGAGCUGUCCGCAGAUGGCGGUUUCAGCUGGUACGAUGUGCCUCCAGAGAACCUCUCUAAGAAGGGCCGCUGGGUCUGGCGGACGUGGGAAUUCGACCUCCCUUGCGAUGUUGAAGGUUGGAUCGAGAUUGUCUGCCGGUGUUGGGACAAUGCGAUCAAUACACAGCCGUUGGAUGUGCGUGCAGCGUGGAACUGGGGCUUGCACGUUACGCACUCGGCGCAUAGGAUCAGCGUCUACAGUAUUAACAAGAGUCAUCCUGUUACUCGGGCGAGGCUCGAGAAGAUGGACCAUCUUGGGAUUCCGGUGGCGCCUCUCACUCGCUAUCAAAUCAUUCCAAGUCAGACUAUGGAGGAGUACGAGAAAUACUGGAAGGAGCAUGAGCCGCGCGAUGUUGAUGAUUGA